UGUAACUCAAACUGUCAUGAACGACAGUAAAUUCAUCUAUCAAAUAUACAUACAUUUAUAUAUAUAUUUUUAUAUUUAUAUUUGAAAACUAUGUCCGUUUUGCAUGAGAAGGAUAAUUUAUGCUGUUCUAAUUUUCUACAGUUUUAGUUUUAACCUGUUAACGCUUUUUUUUGUCUAAAACUAGUUUUGGGGGAACAAAUUGGUUUUCUACUCCUCAAUAUUAUGACAAUAAUAUUAGGGAAGAUUAAAUAAUCGUGGUAAUACUUGGUAGAUUAUAAUUAAAUGAAAAUGACUAGAAGUUGAAGCGUUUUGUGUGUAAGAUUUCCAUGUUUAGAAGUUGUGCCAAACUUUACUAUUCUCUCUUUGAUAUUAUUUUAAUGAUUAUCUUAAUCAAGGCAACCAAACAUACUAGGCUGUUUGGUACAUUGUUUUCUGUCAACCAAACUCCUUUUAAAAUCUUUCCUCCUUUUAUACUUCAAAAAAGCAAAAUAAAAAAAUAGAAACUCAAACAAUUAUUUAACUCAUCCUUUUGUACUUUCAUAUGCUAAAGUUGCCUAUAAUAAUUUCUUAGACCUUUGUCACUGUUAAGAGUACAUAUGCAGUUGACUGUGUAUUUUGAAUUCAAAUUAUUAGCAAGAGUUGCUAACCAAUUUAUUAGUGCAUUGGGGCUUCAGUUUGAAGGUAUCUAAGAACCGGUGAGGGAUGUUAAAAAAUGAAAUCAAUGAUCAGACAAUUAGGUCCCGAUGUCAGAAUUUUAUAAAUUUAUAGUGCUGUAUUCUAGAGUAAUGAUACAAACUUUGCAAGCAGGAAUGAUUCUUUUGUAAACUGGCCAUUUUGCAGAUAAUAUAUCUGAACAAUAAUACUGUAGUGUGAAUAUCUUAAGAAUAGGUUUAAUGGCUCAAAAGUUUAGAAAUAUUUUGGAAGAUUUCCAAAAAAAUGAUCACGAUUUUCUAUGGAUAUCAAGAGCAAUUAAUUUCAUAAAGGCCUAUAAUCAAAGUCGCCCUCAUAUUUCACCAAAUAAAUUAAAGAAAAUUGUUGCAAAGAACAGUCAGUUGUAUGAUAUGGUUAAAGAGGUGUUCGAAGACAAAGGAUUUUGGGCUGCAAAACAACAAAUAUCAGAAAUACUUGAGGAAAUAGGAUAUGCUUAUGAUUUAGCUGUUGUUAGGUGGUUAGGAUUAUUUUUAAUUAAAAUGCUUCGAAAAUCUUUAUCAGGACUUUAUAUUAAUGAAAGCAUGUUGAAAGUGAUUGCUUCUGAAAUGGGAAAUAGCCCAGUUAUUUUUGUGCCUACUCAUAGAAGUUAUUGUGAUUUUAUUUUAAUGGCCUUUGUUUGUUUUAAAUAUAAUAUACACAUACCAUGUGUUGCAGCUGGAAUGGAUUUUUUAUCAAUGAAACUAAUGAAUAAAGUUUUACGAAACAGCAAGGCAUUUUUCAUGAGAAGAAAAUUUGUUGAUGAUCAUGUUUAUCGAUCUGUUUUUCAAGAAUAUAUCAAAGCAAUGAUAUCAUAUGAAGAAUCUCCUAUAGAAUUUUUUAUUGAAGGCACUAGAAGUCGAACUGGGAAAUCACUAUCACCUAAAUUUGGAUUUCUAUCAAUGGUGGUUGAAGCUUAUCUUACUGGUGAUAUUCCAGACUUGACAAUUGUUCCUAUAAAUAUAAGUUAUGAUCGAAUAUUGGAAGAACAAUUAUUUGCUUACGAAUUGCUUGGAAUUCCAAAACCAAAGGAGUCAACAAAGGGGUUUUUCAAAGCUCUGAAGGUUUUAGAUGAAAACUAUGGCAAUAUUCUUAUUAACUUUGGUGAUGCAUUUUCCAUACGUUCUUUUCUUGACAAUCAAAUUAACUUCAGAUAUAGAAAUCAAGAAAAUGAAACUAAUAAAAUUAAACAGAUUGCUUUCAAAAUAACCGAAAUGCAGCAAUCUCUGCAGAUAUAUAGUUGUUUCAAUGUAUUGGCUUUGGUAUUAUAUGAUCAUAUAAUUAGAACCCAUUCACAUGCAUUAGCUCUACACGAAGCUGUUAGAAGUGUAAAUGAACUUUUGUUUUUAUUUGAUCUGUUCUGCGGCACUGUCUUUGUUGAAGGGGACCUAGAAACAUCAAUUAAACAAUCAAUAAUUAUCCAUGGUUCACUUGUUUAUCUGUCAUCAGAAAAUGUGAUUAUUCUAAAAAAACCUAAAUUCAAACGGCAUCUGAAUCAAUCUGAAAAUCAAGAAGGUUGUUAUUUAAGUGAUGAAAUAAUUGAGGAAGGUGUCCCAAUAGUCAUGCUGCAAAUUUAUGUCAAUCCUACCUUAACAUUGUUUAUAAGAUCUUCUAUAAUUCUGACUGUUUUUGAAUGUUUAAGUAAAGAAAUUGAAGUAACCAUUGAUCUUCUUUAUGAGAAUUAUCAGUAUAUAUGUGAUUUAUUCAAACAUGAAUUUGUUUUGACCAGUUCAAAUUUUCAGGAAUAUUAUGAUUCAUUAUUAAAGCUUGCGAGUUUAGGGAUACUUGAAUUACAUGAAGGAACUAUUAAGAUCAAAAACUAUAAUAACGUUUACAUUUUUUUAAUAAAUUUAUUAAAACCUUUCAUAAUAUCUGCAAAUGAGUUCUGUAAAUUUUUACUUGAGGAAGAUAUUACCCAGAAAACUCAACUACAAGUAGUCAAAGAGGUUCAGGAUAAAAUUUCAUUUAAAAUUAUAUCUGGGUAUAUUGAGGAAUAUUAUUGUCUUUCACUUGACCUGUUGUCAAACAUCUACAAUGCUUUAAGUGAAAUGAAAAUAAUUAUCAGGAAUAAACAGAAAAAUAUGUUGUUUACAAAUGCAGAAUUACUAAAUGACCUUAAUUGUUACUUAUGUUGCUUAUUAAAAGGAAGAAAGAUGCCGUAUAAUUUUUUUAAAAAUUCUUAUUUAUAUAAUUCUAUUGGAAAGAGUAAAUUAUAGCAAUCAUUAGUUUAAUAAAAAUGUAUUGGAAGAUUCAUAAUGUUUAAUUUAUAAAUAUAUUUCAG